CAGCACUGAGACGUCCUCUUAACGGGAGUAUCACUAAGACAGUGAGUGCUCAAUAAAAGCUUAUUUAGAGGUCGAAGAUGGCCAAGAAAGUACGUUGUCAACCCUUUCCUUCGCAUCUCGCCAUUGGGUUGUCAUUUUUUGCUGUGCUGUUGUGCUGUGGUGAAUUUGUUCGCAUUGAAAUGAUGCUGAAAGAGCAAAAGAACACAAUCAGACAGAUGGAGGAGAAAACAAAAUUAAAGCAAAACGAAUUCCAGGAUCGAAAUAACAAGAUGACAAAACAACAAAAUGAAAAAAUAAAACAACUGGAAAUCAAAAUAAGCCACAAUGAACGAUUUGAAUUCAUCAGAAAAAGGCAGGAGAGAGAAAAAAGAGACGUCUCAUCCCAGUUUAUAAAACACAAAAGAAAUCAUUCAGACGAGCUUAUUCAGUAUAUCCCGAAAAUAAUAGAGGCAAUAGGGGCCUUGCAAUUGGAGAAAAAGAUACCCGGGCCUAGAGGACCACAAGGGGAAAAAGGUCCGAAAGGCGACCCUGGUCCUGAAGGAAUUCGGGGACCCAAAGGAGAUCCUGUUUUGCCUUUAUCUCCUCCGUCGAUAGUGAUGUCACACAGCAGUAAUCUAACCGUCACUGAAGGCCAUUCUGCUGUGUUCAAUUGCUCCGUUAGUAGUAAUCCACAAUCUGUGGUUGUGUGGAGUAAAUUGAAUGGAUUCCUACCCAGCGGCAGAGCAACAGACGACGGUAGAGGGAUUCUCAAGAUCGUUAACACUGACUAUCAUGACACAGGUAUCUACAUGUGCAAAGCUGAAAACAUUGUGGGAAAAAGAGAAGGGAGAUUCAACCUUGAGGUGUAUUUUCGUCCUCGAAUAACCUCAAAUCAACCUAUCCGUUAUGAACGGAUUGGUGAUAACAUAACCCUGCCAGCAUGCCCUGUUAAAGGACAUCCUAAACCAAAUAUUACAUGGUCCAAACGGGGAAGGGCAUUAAACAAUCGCACAGCUAUCAAAAAUGAACGGUUGACAAUCACUGAAAGCACAAAGGAAGAUUCCGGUCAAUACGUGUGUGAAGCAAAGAAUUUUCUUGGAUCUGACAAAGCUGUCGGGUUCACUCUAAUCGUUGCUGAUCUACCAAUAUUCAUCAAAAAACCGCCUUCUGCUUAUGCUUCACGCGAAGGCUCGACAUUAACCCUCAACUGCAGUGCUGAAGGUGAUCCCGACCCUGUCAUCCAGUGGAGAAAAGAGAAAGGAGAUUUACCUAUCGGUAGAUACGAAAUAAGGGAUACAUCUUUGAUUCUGAGAGACUUGAAAGUAGAAGAUGCCGGAGUGUAUGUGUGCACUGCAACAAGUGCUGGUAUAUCUGAUGCUACUGCAAAGACAAACCUUAAUCUUAAACCAGCUGAAUGCUCAAGUAUUUACAAACAGGGGAAGAGACGCAACGGUGUGUACACUGUAUGGCCGGAUAACCAGGGUAAGAUCAAAGUCUACUGCGACAUGACAACUGAUGGUGGAGGUUGGACUGUGUUCCAAAGAAGAAAAGAUGGAUCAGUAGACUUUUUUCGCAACUGGACUGACUACAAAAGAGGUUUUGGAAAUCUGACUGGCGAGUUCUGGUUGGGUAACGACUUCAUUCAUCGACUGUCGGCAAAGAAAAAUUCCAGCCUUCGCGUCGAUCUUGGCGAUUGGGAUGGAACUAAGAUAUAUGCCAAAUAUGGGCAAUUUAAAAUUGAAACUGAAGCGGACAACUACAAACUGAGGGUGGUCUCGUAUUCAGGUAAUGCUACUGAUGCGUUGACCCGACACAACAAUAAAGCUUUUAGUACAAAAGAUAGAGAUAACGACCUUCAUCCUACAGCAAAGUGUGCAUGGAGUUCCCAUGGUGCUUGGUGGUACGAUAGGUGUUAUUCUUCUAAUUUGAAUGGUCUCUAUAAAAAAUCUGGCGGGUGGGCAGUUACUUGGGAUACAUAUAAAUACGAGUGGUCUCUUCAAACUACUGAAAUGAAAAUGCGACCAUUACGAUUUAAUGAUAAGUAACAUUUACUUAGGAGGAGUCGAUGGAUUCCUGGGAAAAAUAUAUCUCAUGAUAUCUGUUCUUAUGUCCCAGCCAGCUGUAA